AUGUCCGGAUUAUUACCACUUGCAUCUUACAACUUGGAAUUGACUCCAUUUUCCCCACAGCCAUGUCAAUCAGAUGAUUUCCCAAUCACUGUCAGAAUCACCUUGGCUUCAAUAGAGCCAGAGGCUGUUGACGAAAAGAAGGAGCCAUCCACUCUCAGAAUCUUGAAGAAGACCGCUGUCUUCGAGGAUGGAAGCGAUGAUGAUUCCAGUGACGAAGAUGAAGAAUCUGAUGAAGAAUGCGAAGAUGAUGAUUGUAAUGGAUGUGAAACUAAGGAUGGUAAGAAGAAACAAGAAGACGAAGAAGACGAUGAGGAUGACGAAGAAGACGAUGAAGAAGACGAAGAAGAUUUAGACGAAGAAGGUGUUGAGGAACACGUCAUUUGUACUCUUUCUCCAAGUACCCAAUUCCAACAAACCUUGGACUUGACCAUCUUGCCAGAUGAGGAAGUAUUCUUCGUUGUCACUGGUUCUUACACUGUUCACUUAACUGGUAACUAUGUUGAACAUCCAAAUGACGAGGAAGAAGAUGAUUACGUAUACGGUAGUGAUGAUGAAGAAGAUUAUGACGAUGGCGAAUACGACUUGACUCCAGAUGAGGAUGAAAUCAUCGACGAUGAAAUUGAAUAUGAUCUUGACGAGUUGGACAAUGUUGAGGACAUUGAAGGUAAGAUCGAGGAAUUGGUUGAAGAAGAUAAGAAGUCGAAGAAGAGAGAAAUUGAAGAAUCUGAAGAACCAGAAAGCAAAAAGUCUAAGAAGGACAAGAAGGCCAAGAAGGAGAAGACUGUAAAGUUCGACAAAGAUUUAGAGCAGGGUCCAACUGGUCCAGCUGCAGAGAAGGAGUCUCCAAAGGCUAAGCCAGCUGUUAAGACGUUACCAGGCGGUGUUAUCGUUGAAGACAAGACUGUUGGUACUGGACCUGUGUGUAAGAAGGGUCAAAAGGUUGGCGUCAGAUACAUUGGAAAAUUAAAGAACGGUAAAGUUUUUGACAAGAACACAUCUGGUAGACCAUUCCACUUCGGGCUUGGUAAGGGUGAGGUGAUUAAGGGAUGGGAUGUCGGUGUUGCUGGUAUGGCCGUGGGUGGUGAAAGAAGAAUUGUCAUCCCUGCACCUAUGGCAUACGGUAGCAGCAAGCUUCCUGGUAUUCCAGCCAACUCCGAAUUGACUUUCGAUGUCAAGCUUUUGUCUAUCAAAUAA